AUGAAAAUGACGCCGGAACUAAAACGUCGGAACCGUAUUUUACCACGGAACAUAAACAUCAGCGUGCCCAGGCUAUGUGGGAGCCAUGACUGUGCAGCAGGUUUCAACAGGACAUGAAGUAUCUGAAAAACCGCUGGCUCUGCCUCCUCCUCAUCACCCUCUUUCUCGUGCUGUGGUACAGUCAUGUAACCAGAACAGGAGACAGUGUUGUUGACUUGGGCCUCCGUGGCUAUGAGAGGAUUCCACCUUCCGAUACAUCUGAUUUGCCCUACUUGGCGCUCCACUGCGGCCGAUGUGCCGUGGUGUCCAGUUCGGGCCAUAUGCGUGGCAGUGGGCGGGGCAGUGAGAUUGAUGGACAUGACUGUGUGAUCCGCAUGAACGCGGCGCCCACGCGGGGCUUUCAGGCCGACGUGGGGAACCGGACGAGCGCUCGCGUCGUCUCGCACACCAGUGUUCCCCACCUGCUGCGGCACGAGGACGUGUUCUUCAGGCACGAGGCGGACACCCUGUACGUGGUGUGGGGUCCUGACAGGAACAUGAGGCAGGAUGGAAAGGGCAGGGUGUUUAACGCACUGGUCAAACUGGCCAGGAAAUACCCACACACUCACAUCUAUACAGUCAGCAGGGAGAAGGUGCUGUACUGCGACCGCGUGUUCCAGGACGAGACGGGCAAGAACAGGAUGAAGUCAGGUGCAUUUCUCAGUACUGGGUUUUUCACCAUGAUUUUGGCGAUGGAGGUGUGUGACAGCAUUGAUGUUUAUGGGAUGAUAGAUGGUUCUUAUUGCAGUGUUGCCAACCACACCUCGGUGCCAUAUCACUAUUACGAGAACUAUCGUCUGGAUGAGUGCGGGAUGUACAGGGUGCACGAACGAGCCAAGAGAGGCGGCCAUCGCUUCAUUACGGAGAAGAACAUCUAUAAACGCUGGGCCUCGCAGGGAAAACUGAGCUUUAAAUACCCCACCUGGUCGCCUCUGCAGCAAGCCUGACGUAUCUCACCGGACCCCGACUGGUUGGUCCCCUAGACCACCUGAUGCUCUGUGGAUCCAAGUGGUUGCUAUGGCAACACCCUCAGAGCCUCACCUCUUUGCUUGAUUCAGGUGAACUGGAGCAAAACUGUAUGUCUGAAUGUAUUCCGACACUAACUGGUUUAUCUACUGGGAAUUCAAAUGGAAAUCUGUCGCUUUGUUAAGCUGUUGACUUGCUCAUGACUAGAUGCAGGCUGUGUCUGGUGCUCAGCUGUGACUGCCUUUUUUUGUUUUUGGCACAUUUUUUUAUAUUUUAUUUUCUUUUGCAUAUAUUUAUUUACUUUAAAAAGCCUUGCGUAGUCCAGUGCUGCUUCUGUUGCAUUUGUUUUUGUAUUUUCCACCAUAGCAUUGUUAUUUUUUUAUCGCAUUGUUCGUGUUUUUUUUUUAUUGAAUGUAUUCGGGACAUGCCGAGUCCUGCUGCCUUUGUCUGACAUAUUAACCUGUGUCCUCCAAGGUCAAAAGGUCAGAAUGCAGCUUAGCAGUGGCCUGCCUAUGGAAAAGGAGGCUUUGAGAGAUGGCGUGAGGUCACGUGAUGUCACGUGAGGUUACAUUUCACAGUCCCAUGUUACUGGGGUUACUUGAUACUAGGUUACAUUGUGGUAGGCUGUUUGGGGUUACAUUCAUCUCUAUGAUGUUACACCACUGUGAGGUUAUAUUAGGCCACAGGAAGAUACGUGAGAUCAUGUGAGGCCAUAUGAGAUGGCUACGUGAGAUCUCAUGAGGCUACGUCAUGUUACGUGAGCCCUUGUGAAGCUUCCCGAGGUUACAUAGUGUUAUGGAAGUUUGUGAGGUCGCGUUGAGGAUAAGUGAGGUUAAAUGAGGCUACGUGAAGUAGUGUGAGAUUAGACCACACAGGAUUGUAGAGGCCUACAUAAUGCUAUGUAUGGCUACAUAAAGUUACAUAAGCCAAGUUUAUGUCAUGUUACAUGAUGUUGUGAGGUCCCAUGAGAUUGCAAGUGCUACGUGAAGCUCUGUGAGGUUAGCAUGAGGCUAUUUCCAGUUAUGGAAGCUACGUGAGGUUUUGUCGUCUGAUAUAGAUGACCUUGAUGUGCUUUCAUCUGUAUAUAGUGAUGCUAUGCCAGGUAUUGGGGCUUUGAAUUUGCAUCAAGAUCAGUAUCUAAGCUUAUGUUGUUUUCCUGAAAUAACUGUUUGAGGAUUGCCUCAAGAAUGGGUUCAGUUGGCAGGUUUCACCACCAUCAGACCACGUACAAACAUUCAGCAAUAGCAUUAUAAGCUCUAUCAACAUACAGGCGCAAAGACAGAACACUGCACCAAAUCUCUGCCAACCUCGGAUCAGCUGUUUAUUAAUUAUCCGCCUCUACCAGUCCAAAUUACACAUCCAUGUAAUUGAAAACAGUUUUGCUGCACAGGCUAAUAUUCCUUUGGCCACUAGAGGCCUCUAGUGGGCACACAAAGCCUCAGGAAAUUAACCAUUAUUAACACAGGUGGCUGGAAAGUUUCAAGGCUUCAUGAAACUUCAUAUCUCCUUCACAGUCUGCACAGCUAUCGCUGAGAAUACACUGGUAAUUUGCACAUUUUUUGGGGAUUUAAACCAAUGCUCUCCUGAUGAUUAGAAGAACCAUCAGAUAGUUGGAAGCCACUGGGAGGCCUAGUAUAAGGCACCCCUCUUUAACUCUAUCACAGCAGUACAGACUGAACUGGUGAAUCUGAACACUAAACUAAUGGUUAAAAUAACAUGUUGAAUGUGCCCAAACGAAGCACUUAGCCUGAGAAUAACAUACAAAAAUAGUUUUAUAUGAAGAGAACUGAUGACACAUUAGAGGCAGUUAAGAAAAAAAAAGCACAAUAAUUCUGGGUAGCUCUGCCCAGUAUGAUGGUAUUAAUAUUAUUUAAGACAGUACAUUUCUGCUGAAAUGUGACCCUUGAUGACAGUCAUACUUCACAGUUUACAGUUGGUGACAAACAUUAAUAUCAUAUCAUGGUUUGCGAAAACUGUUAGAGUAAAAAAAUGAAAUCUAAAAUAAUAUAAAAUAUUAUUACUCUGAGAAUGUUUAGCACCUUAAAAUCAAUAGCCACUUUUCCACUGCAUGGUACCGACUCGACUCUA